AUGUCAGCACGUAUACAAAGAGUGGUUUUCUUCGCCCUUGUUAUCGAUCUUUUAGCGUUCACGAUCCCGUUACCGCUCUUCCCUCGACUUAUUGAAUGGUAUACUUCCCGGGAAGGGAAAGAUGUGAAUGGCAUACUUUACAAAUCUCUGAGCAUUGUCACCCGCAUCAGAAGCUGGUUUUUGUCUGAUGCACGCGGCGAGUCGGUCAGAAAACGAUGGGACAUUGUGCUGCUAGGGGGUCUUUUAGGCUCGCUCUUUUCAACCCUCCAAUACAUUAUCUCGCCGGCAUUGGGAACCUUGAGCGAUAAGUUUGGGAGAAAACGAAUUUUAAUGCUAUCGAUGAUUGGGAACUUGCUGUCCGCGAUUGUAUGGCUACAGUCAACGUCCUUCGCAUCCUUCAUGCUUUCCCGAGCGAUAGGUGGGAUUAGUGAAGGAAAUGUUCAGCUCUCAAUAGCAAUUCUUUCUGACAUAACGACUCCUAUGGCGCGGGGAAGGGCCCUAUCGCUAGUCGGAAUUGCGUUUGGAAUCUGUUUUUGUAUUGGUCCGCCGCUCGGGGCGUACUUUGCCUCUCGUCCGAUAUCCACAUCGCUUGCCGGAGUAGAACUCAAUAUAUACGCUGCUCCGGCGGCAUUAACCCUGGUUUUGCUGUCGAUAGAGACAGCAUUCCUAGCCUAUUUCUUACCUGAAACGAAAGGGAGGGGACCGCUUGCGGACUUGGAUGAUAUUGUCGACUCGAAUGACGUCUCGCCCACACUCCGGAAGCCAAAAUAUUCAUCAACGGAGGUUCGGCUCGAUACACUACAAGCUCUGAAGCGUUACCACUUCCUCUUCCUUUCCGUCUUCUCGGGCGUUGAAUUCACUCUCAUGUUUUUGACAUUUGAUUUGUUCGACUGGAACAACCUUGAAAACGGGCGCUUAUUAGGUCUAAUUGGUGUUCUCUCGACUGUACUUCAAGGGGGAUAUGUACGACGGAUGAUCGGAAAAGUCGGUGAAAUCAAGAUGGCUCGUCGUGGGGUGAUGAGCUGCAUCAUAUCAUUGAUCAUUCUAUCUCGUAUCCCCAAUUUGGCAAAAGAACCGCGAACAAUACCAAAGGCCAUACGGCUCCUGUACUUAUCCGCUGCAUUCUUUGCCUUCACAUCAGCUACAGUCGUGAAUGCUCUCACGUCCGCCGCUUCCCUUCAGUGUGACGACGGUCUAGAGGAAGACAGUAUUCCAACGCAUCCGGAACUCAGGAAAGGUCGAGCAUUGGGGAAGUUUAGAUCAUCUGGCCAGCUUGGAAGAGCAAUCGGACCGCUUCUAGCAUGCGCCUCGUACUGGUCUUUCGGUGGGUCUCUUCAAUAUGAUGCAAUCCGACGUGGUCUCAUAUCGUUAUGA